AGGCAAUAAAAAUCGUAAUUUUAUUUAUUUGUUUCGUUACUAUAAUUAAUUUCCGCGAAUAAGAGUCGACAACAAAUGAUUGCAUUCAUACUGUUGUUGAGUACGUGUCUGUGGAUCAGUUCCGGUGAUGCCUACGAACUGACACAACCCGAACAAAUCCAUCUCUCAUAUGGAGUGGAUCCGACUCAGAUGAUAGUGACCUGGGUCACCAUGGACUCCACGCCUCAGACCACUGUGGAGUUCGGUCGGUCACCAACUGAUCUCAAUACUGUCACUCAGGGCUACGCCAACCGGUUCACCGACGGGGGCACUGAACAUAGGGUUAUGUAUAUCCAUAGAGUGGUGAUGACCGGACUGACCCCCGAUGGCACCUAUUUCUACCACUGCGGCAGUGACUCCGGUGGUUGGAGUAGUGUCUACUGGUUUAAGGCCAUGAAAGAGGGUAACUCUUGGAGCCCGUACUUCGCGAUUAUCGGUGAUUUGGGAAACGUUAACGGAGUGUCCAUUCCUUAUCUUCAAAAAGAGGUAUCGAAAGGCAAAUACGACGCCGUCCUCCACAUAGGUGACUUCGCCUACGAUAUGGAUUCUGACAACGCCAGAGUCGGCGAUGAAUUCAUGAGACAAAUGGAACCGAUCACAGCAUACGUGCCGUAUAUGACAGUCGUUGGCAAUCAUGAGGCCGCAUAG